GAGCUCGAAAUGAGGUCACUAUCUGAGCUCGAGAUGCAGGGCAGAAAGCCGGUGUGCCUGGAAACCUAGACUGGAAGAAGCAGCCUGUCAGACCAGCCCAGGACCCCUUCGGUACCCCUUUCUGUAGUUUGGAAUCAACCAAAAACAGCUCCGAGGACGAGGCUUUACUUCACUGAGACACAGCGUUCAAGAGAGGAUUGUGUAAGAUCAGUCCAACUCCUCUGUGAUUCACUCCGGCAACGCCCUUGUGAGAAUGGGGUGAUUGUGUUCCUUCAUCAUCUAUUUACAUAACCUGGAACAAGCCCAGGGCAGCAGUCCUCCUGAUGUCAGAAGAUUCAGACUCCAAGCCCUACCACUUCCCUGCACUGGAGGAUGAGGAAGGAGCCUCAGGGUGCACAGCGUCCCCCUCCUGCAGCCCAAUGCCAAGAGGGGCCCAGGGAUGCAGCUCCAUGGCUCAGCUGCACCGGAUGGGUGGCUACAGCCAAGGUGGGCCCGACCUUGGCCUCCAAUCCGAGGGCAGCGACAGUAGCGGCCAGGAGCCUUCUGCCUCGCCACGCAGCCACCGCAAGAACACUUGCUCUAGAUUGCGCCCCGAGGAGGACGUGGAGAUGAAGAGCAGCGGGUCCAGUGGAAGCGGAACUGAGUCGCAGAGCAAUGAAAGCCAUGGCAAUGAGAGUCAUGGCAACGAGAGCAACGGCCAUGAGUCAACAGGCAGCUCUAAUGGCAACAGUAAAGACUCGGCACUGCUGGAGUCUUCUGAAAGCAACAAGAGCUCAAACUCGCAUAGUCCGUCUCCUCCCAGCAGCUCGAACGCCUUCAGUCUGCUGAGCUCGGAGCAGGACAACCCCUCAACCAGCGGCUGCAGUAGUCAGGAGUCUGCCAAAGCCAAGACCCAGAAGGAGGUGUUAAAACUUCUGAAAGAGCUGAAGCAUCAUCUCCCUGCUGAGAAGAGACACAAUAAUAAGUCCAGCACGUUGAGCACCUUGAAGUAUGCGCUGCGCUGUGUCAAGCAGGUGGAAGCCAAUGAAGAGUACUACCAGCUGCUGAUGACCAAUGACAGUCAGCCCUCAGGCCUGGAUGUAUCCUCUUAUACGAUUGAGGAGAUAGACAGCAUAACUUCUGAAUACACCCUCAAAAACAAUGACAUUUUUGCUGUGGCGGUGUCCCUCAACACGGGAAGGAUCGUCUACAUCUCUGAUCAGGCCGCCUCCAUCCUAAAUUGCAAGAGAGAUGUUUUCAAGAACACUAAGUUUGUUGAGUUCCUCACGCCGCAGGAUGUCAGCGUGUUCUACAGCUUCACGACGCCGUACCGACUUCCCUCUUGGAGCAUGUGCACUGGAGCAGAGACCUCCCCGUCAGACUGCAUGCAGGAGAGGUCCUUCUUUUGUCGUAUCAGUGGCGGUAAAGGGUGUGAGGGUGAUGUGCAGUACUAUCCGUUCCGCAUGACGCCCUACAGAAUGAAGGUCCAAGACACAGUACAUGCCGAAGACCAGUUCUGCUGCCUCCUGCUGGCCGAGAGAGUUCACUCUGGUUAUGAUGCACCCAGAAUUCCAACAGACAAACGAAUCUUCACCACCACACACACUCCAAGUUGUGUGUUUCAGGAUGUGGAUGAGAGGGCAGUUCCUCUCCUCGGGUACCUUCCCCAGGACCUGAUUGGUACACCAUUCCUCCUACACCUGCAUCCCAAUGACCGACCCAUCAUGCUGGCCAUUCACAGAAAGAUUCUUCAAUAUGCAGGGCAGCCGUUUGACCACUCAUCCAUCCGGUUCUGUGCGCGGAAUGGAGAAUACAUCAUUCUCGACACCAGCUGGUCCAGUUUUGUCAACCCCUGGAGCCGCAAGGUCUCCUUCGUUAUCGGAAGGCACAAAGUGCGGAUGGGUCCAGUGAAUGAGGAUGUUUUCAUGCCCCCGGCCCCCAUGGUUGGGGAGAUGAAAACCCUGGACUCCGACAUUCAGGAGGUUACUGAGCAGAUCCAUCGGCUGCUGCUACAGCCCGUUCACAACAGUGGAUCCAGUGGCUAUGGUAGUCUGACCAGAAAUGACCAUCUUUUGAGCAUGGCCUCCUCUAACGAGAGCCUUCACGAGAGCAGCGGGGGCAAACAACAACUAGAGGAGGACAUGAGCUGCAAAGCCAGACCUCGAACAUUCCAGGAAGUCUGUAAGGGCAUUCAUCUCCAGAAGAGCCAAGAGCAGCAGACAGUCAAAGCAGAAAACAAGAAAAUCAACAGUAUAGAGCCUGUACAGAAGAGCCCACCAGUGGUUCGGCCCAAAGACUUGGCAGCUCCUCUCAACUGGAAGGAGACGGGGCUCAGUGUGGAGAGCAGCAGUAGACGGUCUGUUCAGGAGGAGAUGGCCUUCAGUGAUCAGACUGUCUACUCCUACCAGCAGAUCAGCUGUCUGGACAGUGUUGUCAGGUACUUGGAGAGCUGUAAUGUUCCAGUCACCAUGAAGAGGAAGUGCCAGUCUUCCUCUAACACCACGUCAUCCAACUCGGAUGAUGGCAAACAGAAAGAAUCAAACACCAUGCAGGUGUCUGAAGAACCAGCCUUGUUGAAGGAUCAGUCUGGUCUCUCCGCUUUGGAUGAUCAAGAUAAAAAGUCCAGUGACGCAGCCACAGCGGUAGUGGGCACCGCGCUGCCCCUACCUGUACCUAACAAGCCAGAAAGUGUGAUGUCCAUAACCAGCCAGUGUAGCUACAGUAGCACAAUAGUGCAUGUUGGGGACAAGAAACCUCAGCCGGAAUCAGAGAUCAUUGAAGACAUUCCAGUUACAGGGGACAUAGCAGAGCCCAGCCAGAUCAAUGGGGGUGCUGCUUCUGUAGUUUCACCUCCCAGUCAGGAGAGGGAGUCCUACAAAAAGCUCGGGCUGACCAAGCAGGUUUUGGCAGCUCAUACUCAGAAGGAGGAACAGGUCUUUCUGUGCCGCUUUAAAGAGCUUCGCAGACUCACAGCGCUCAAAGCAAACUGUUCGAAGUACCUGGAGCGCCAGAGAGAGCACACCACCAGUAAUGAUGAACUUACUGCUCCGUCAUGUAAGCAGGUCAGAGCGGGUACAGCGCCCACUACUCGGCGGGGAACGCGAAAUAGGAAAACCAAGUCAAAGCGAGCGAAGCAGGUGGAGUCUUCAGACAGCACAGUGUCCCAAUACAGACAGCAUCACCUGCGGCCUCCUCUCCAAAACCAUGGCCUCAACCCCACCUCUUGGUCUCGCUCUGACAGCUCACAGUCAACAUUUCCCACACCCUACCCUUCCGUCAUGCCGGGCUACCCCAUGCAGGUUUACCCCAGUGCAAGCUCAGUAGCCCCUCACACAGAUGCAAUUCAACAAGGAUUUGUGGUCAACCAGGUCAACCAGGCUCCUCCCUGCCCCUCAACCAUCCCUUCUGCUCCGUACAGCUCACCAAUGAUCACCCCAAUCGUGGCGCUAGUGCUGCCCCAAUAUGUGUACUCUCCAAUGGCUCCUGGGCUACCACCACCUCAGCCAGUGUACCACCCAGUACCUGGUGGCUUCCCACUCCAAACACAACCUUUCUGUCAAGCUGCCUUUCCAGGCCAGGUCCCCUUCACUGGUCUACCUUCCAUCAGUGCUCAGAACCAGCUCAACUCCCAGAACCAAUACACUCCUCAAGCAGGACAUUUUGCCCCAUCGUUCUACUAUCCUCCAUCCUCGGAAACCCAUCAGGCCGCCCUGGAGGGUCAGUCUCGCUCCUCCACACCACAGUCAGGAGUAGGUGGAGGCCCAGCAUCUCCGCCCCUGUUCCAGUCUCGCUGCAGUUCACCGCUCAACCUGCUGGAGCUGGAGCUCUCUGUAGACAGACAGGACAACACAGUCCUGUCUUCUGGAGGACAAGGGAACAACAUGACCGAAAGGGAGAAAGGAGCGGGUGGCAACCAGGACAUGGACAUGGAGCUGAAACAGCCGUCACUCAGUCUCCUUGGUCCACCAGGACCCUUGUAUUACGAGGGCACGCCCAGUGUCUGUGAGCGCUUGUCUUGGGAUAAAGUGUGCUCUAGACUGAGGGCUUGCAACAAAGAGGCAAGUUCACGUGGCGAUGGCAACAACAGCGACUUAAACUCUACAUCCAGUGACAUGUUAGACAUCAUUCUCCAUGAAGACUCCUGCUCAGGCACUGGCUCAGCCACCUCGGGGUCCAUGGGCUCAGGCUCUAACGGCUGUGGAACUUCAGCCAGCGGUACAUCCAACAGUGGAACAUCUAAGAGCAGAACAUCAGGCAGUGGAGCCUCAGCAAGUGGGACCUCUGGCAGUGGAUCAGGAAGCAACAACAGCAGUAAUUACUUUGGCAGUGUGGACUCAUCCCAGAUCAGCCAGAAGGUCAACAGUCACAUGAGCAGCAGCGAUGGACGGCCAUCGGAGAUGGAGCAGAGCGAAAACUUCAUCAAUGACAUCGAGAGAGUGCUCAGAGAGGACAGAGAGAAGCUGAAACUGCUGCAGAAGAGUCAGCCAUGCUUUUCAGAGGAGCAGAAGAAGGAGCUAAUGGCGGUCCACCCAUGGAUAAAGAAGGGAUGUCUGCCAAAAGCAAUAGAUGUCAAGGUGUGCUCCUGUUGUAAAACCUCAGAGGCAGCAGCAGCAGCAACAGCAACAGAUGAGGAUCAGCCAGACCUGGACAUUGCUGAUACAGAUUCAGGGGAUGCUGGCUGUCAGCAAAGGACUAAAGACGAACCUUUAAACCCUGUACUGAUUUCCUGCCACAGUCCAUCCCCUAGCUCUCAGACACAGCUAUCCCAACAGUGAACCGUUCAGGACUCUCAGAGUGACUCUUGUUACCCAUCAGCCUCUUGCUCUGCAAAACUGUGAAGAGGGACCUAAUCUAAAUGAAGCAUCAGCAAGCAGGCCCUUUGGUCUUCUCACACAGUUCUUCAUUACUUCUGUUGUCUUGCCAUUUUUUUCUUGAUGAGUUGUGCCUGUUUCAAAGUAAAGCUUGUUCAGACAGUCGAGACGUGUUCAGAAUGUGAAUAUUCAAAUGACACUAUAGUUUAUUUAAACAUACUCUUAAAUUGCACCAGAGGGAUGUUGUUGUUGAUAGCAUUCCUUUAAUUCUGUGUAGCACUUUUCAUUUUGCAGUACUGCGCUUAAAUGUUCACUGAUGAAGAGAUGCAGAGCCCAAUAAGGGAAACACAUGAAGUGUCCAUACACUGGGCAGGAGGUCAAACAAAUAGGAAUGAGCUGGAGGCUUUCCUCAAUAGUUUCAGGCAUUGAAUAAGGUCACCAGGAGGAACAGGUUUUCACCACCUUACACUGGUGGUAAUCAUAGAGGCGUUUACUUGUAUGCAGCAUUUUGUAGCUAGCCAAAGCUAAGGCUUUGUCUUGUAUGAAAGAUGAUGUGUAAAGUAGCUUAAAUGGGAUUGUUCUGACACAUAUGUUACUGAUCAGACAUGAAGGAGGUGGUGAAAACACUGGUGACAAAGAAGAUCUGGAGCAGCACUAACUAUGAGCUACAUUAACUCAAGCCCAUCAUGCUUUAUUGUCAAAUUAAUUUGUAGCCACUUCUGUCACACCCGUGUGCAGCACUUUUAUUUCAAUAUGAGCUGUGAAACUGUCAACUCUGAGCAUAUAUAUUUUUACAUGCAAUAUUGUUUCCUGUGUGAAGAUAUUUUUGAUUUUAAUUUAUGGAAGAAAACACAGCUUUUACAGGAAGCAGGACCAAGAUUUGUAAUAUUUACUGUAAAUAACAUUUUAAAAAUGGGAGACAUCGAGUACCACCUUGUACUGUAAAAUAUCAGAGCUGUUUAUGGAGGAGGAUAUUGAUGUUUUCCCCAGUGUGAUUGCGUGCCACAUAACACUUGAAAUGGUCUGAUGUUGGUCCUCAUAAACAUAGAAAAGAGGAUGCUGUGGAAGUGAGUGAAGCUCAUUGCUGUUGAGAACAAACAGUGUGGUCACUUCAGAAGUCAGAGUUUAGGGUUAUUGCACGGGUAUAAAGCAGCUCACAGAUGACAGGAGACUGUGUUGACGGCUUUGAAACCUCCGCUGUAAUGUGAGAUGAAACAUUGCAUUUCUCUGCAACUUGAACAUUUCCUGAAUUUGUCAUUGGUCUUUCUGACAUUUUAACAGACACCAAUAAAAAAAUGCACAUUUUGUUCUUUUUUACUUUAA